GGAAUUAGUUGUCUCCUCAGACUCGUUUAAAAAUUCCCACCAAAACUAACCGUACCUAGAGAGAGAGAGAGAGCACCCUAAAUUAAAAAAAGAAAUGCUUUGCUAAAUUUCAGGAGCUCCAAAAAUGGAAUUACGUAGUUGUUCAUCGUUGCCUUGUAUGAUCAUUUUCUCCAUUUUCAGGUAAAGCAAACCCAUUUUUCUCCAAAAAGUUAAAAAAGUUCUCCUGUUUUGUUUCGCCUUCCGACCUCUCUUAUCUUUCUUUCUUUCUCGGGUUCCCAUCUCCCUCAAAUUGGGAACCUGAAAAUCGAUUCCUCAACUUCAAAAUCAUUUCCUCAGGUAAAGAAAAAACCUUUUCCCUCCUUCUCUUGCAACCUACGGUACCUAACCUAAUUUUUAUAUCUUUCAUCCUUCAGAAUGGGUCUAAAGCUCUCAAGAGGUCCUGGAAAAGAGAAAUCAGCUCUAGAACUAAGGCCUCACAUUCUGACUUACCUAACCACAAAUUCUUACCUACGUAACUUGGUGUCCAAGAAACGAAGACGGUUAACCAUGGGUGGAUAUGAUCUCGACAUGUCUUACAUCUCUGACAAAUUGUUGGCUAUGUCCUUUCCCGCUGAACGAAUGAGAGCAGUUUAUAGAAACCCUCUUUGGCAAGUCAAGUCCGUGCUUGAUAUGCGACAUCAUAAUCACUACAAGGUCUACAACCUAUGCAUAGAAGAAUGUUAUGAUCCAGAAAACUUUUACGGCCGCGUGGAGAGAUUCCCAUUUGAUGACAACCAUGUCCCAACUCUUAAAAUGAUCCAACUCUUCUGCGAAAGUGUUCAUUCUUGGCUCUCAUUAGAUCCCAAAAACAUCGCAGUGGUGCACUGCAUGGCAGGAAAAGGCAGAACAGGACUAAUGGUGUCAGCAUACCUUGUCUAUGGUGGGAUGUCAGCUGAGGAAGCUCUAGAGAUGUACGCAAGCAGAAGAACCACAAACAAUAAUGGAGUCUCGAUACCAAGCCAGCGCCGUUAUGUGAAAUACUGGUCACAUUUACUCUCGUUUUGUAAAAGAAUUGGAAACAGGCCUCCCGAGGUUAAAUUACCUCAAGAACAUAGCAGAGAGUUGCUAAGAAUUAGACUUUACGAUACCGUCAAUGUCGAUUCCGUCUUCUUUGUGGUCUCAGAACUUCAGGAGGUUUCCAAUGAGAUGUAUCCACCUUCUGUAGAACUUUCAAGAGGUUGUUGUAGACAAUUCAAGAAAGGCUACUGUAGAAGCUUGAGUCCGCGUUAUUAUAUAUCUCAUUCCCAUAUGAACUGUGAUUCCGAAGAAGAUGAGGUGCUAAGAAAUAGACAAGAACCGCGUCUUGUUGUUCAAAUGGAUACAGAGAGUUCCAUCAUCGACGAGAAAACAUGCCUUGACUUCUACUUUGACAAACCUGUCAGGGUGAGUGGAGACAUACGCAUCACAUUCUAUCAGAAAAUGAUUGGAAGCCGUCUCUUUUAUACUUGCUUCAACACAGCCUUUAUAACCAAUGGCUUGCUUCAGUUUUCCAUAGGAGAGCUAGAUAAAGUUGGUGGUAAUGGAAGAUCAAUAUCUGGUCCUGACUUUAGCUUGGAGUUGCUUUUUACUCCAGCUAGUUCCAAAUCAGGAAAGCUUCUUUCCCGAGAGGACCUUUGUCUCCCUUGAGGCCUCUGUUUUCAGCUCCUUCAAACCCGAGUUGUUGAAGCCAAAAAGAGUUAUGAAUACUCAGCUGAUGCUACAAACACCUCCUCCAUUGCUUACACCGGCAUUUCUCCUGUACAAAAGCAGAGGCAAAUGAGAAAUCUUGAAACACUAGCAGCAAGUAGCUAAUGCAAAUGGCACAUAACAUAAUAGUUUUCUCAACAAUCUUUGUUUUUUUGGGUAGCAGGGACCGUAAUUUUGGUAAAUGAUAGACAUUAAUGUAAUAUUGUUACUAUCUUGCCAUCCAUUUUUCACUAGGAUGGUCUGUUUCCAGUUUAAUAUUACUGAAUAAAUUUAUCAUUUCCCCCACCAGAUA